AAUAACGUUGUCGUGUCGAUUAGUUUGCCUGUUUAUGAUUGGGAUUUUCCACCGAGCCCAUUCUAUUAAAAAAAACAGCUUUCGUCUGUGAAAGGCAUUCUAUUGUCGACGUUUUUGAGGCAUGUACUACUGCACAAUUUAAAAAAAGACCUGUUCUAAUCGUUCGCGGCAUUUGGCCGGUUAUAACCGUGAACCCGGAAGUUUGUCGUGCACAUUGCGUUUUUAAGCAUUGGAUUCCGGUCUCAUAUGUUUGCCCCAAUGUUUUGGGAUCUGUUGCUGAAGUUGUGUUGGUGUACAACACAAAAGGUCAUGUUGCUGGCCUCGCCGUCAGAAACCCCUAACAUUCCCUGGUGAAUAAAGCUGUUUUGAAUCUCGAGAGUUACCCACAGAGUCUGCCUGCCAAAUUCUCUUUGGAGUUUCUGUGUCUAUUGGAUCGGUUGUGAAUCGGCACUCUGUUUGAUGCAAAUAGGGGCAUGUCUGCAGAACGACUCGGGGUGGAAUGUACCAGAGUUUCUGUGUGAAGGCCAAUGACAAACUAGGCAUUGUGUACUACUGACGUCUUUCUUUACGGACUGGUUAGAGAUUAUCUUCUAAGUGGAAACUAUGCUUUUAUUCCUUGCCAUCGUAACUUUGGUCGUUGGGAAUUUGCCACAAUCAGAAGCUACUGCGUGUUCAUACAGUUGCCCUGAGCGCUAUUACACGUCCUGUGGAUUUCUUGGUUGGAGUAGGUGUUCAAGAUACAGGGAUAGAACUUGCUAUCGGUGUUGCACAGGAUGGACUGGAAGUACCUCAAAUAACUGCCCAACACCUGUUUGUUUUGGCAGUGUUAACUGCCCCAAUGGAGGGACAUGUACAAGUCCCAACUACUGCAGCAACUGCAAUCAAGGUUUCUACUCUCCUAGAUGCAAUCGGUGUACUGCUAUUGCAAACUGUCUUGACGUGUUCUGCAGCACUUCGUCGAACCAGAAAUGUGAUCGAUGUGACGGUGAUUACGGCUCCGAUCUCGGAUCCGCCUACAAUAGGUCUGAUGACAUGAGACGGUGCAUAGAACAAUGUUCAUGGAGAAGUGACAGCAAUGCCUGCUAUCCAGGAUCCUGCACGAAUGCAAAUUGCACCUGCAGCAGUGGAUUUUCAGGAACCGACUGCCGAACAAUGGGCAGCAGUCAAGCUCCAACCCUAUCAGAGCACCGUGCUACCCUUAUCCUGGGAACAACAACUCUGGAAUCGCCCACGGACCAGGGCAACACAGGCACUGUCUACACCAACGUGCACAAUUUUACAAGCAUCAAAAUCAAGUGGACAAGCUCCUACCAGCCUACUGGACUACCAGACCCCAGCAGCGGUGGACAUCCAUAUGUCUAUAGUUAUGGGAUUGGUGUGAUUGGUGCGGGAGUAGAAGCCGUUGUGAAUCGUGGUCUGAGCGCCAUCUAUGCGGUUGGCUCGCGGAAUUGUACAAAUGGAAGCUCCAUCAAUUCAGACAGUCCCACCACGCACCUGGUAUCCUGUGAAUAUACAUUUUCUUUGAACUACAGUGAGUGGAGACCAGCUACCGGAGAUGUAAUGAGAUAUGAUGUUUCUUCAACCAGUGGCGGGUACUUGAAACUCUUCGACAGAGAUCACUCAAGUAGCAUCAUCACACGGUACUAUAGUGGCAGAAUCACUUCUGCCCACGCAACUUUCACCUUUGAUUUUGAUGGCCCAUACCACUGCGUGAAUGCUGACAAUGGAUGUAGAACCACUAUGCUGGAUGCAGGAAAUGAUGUUACCUCAGAGGAAGUAGUCAAUGUUUCGUGGCAAGAUUGGGCAGACGAUCUUGCUGGUAUUAGAGAAUAUCAACUGCAAGUGCUUCAGCUAUCGAUUAGCGAUGGCAACGAGAUGACAGAAAUAUUCGACAAUGACCCUGUUUACAGUGGAGUAGGCCUAACCGGUUCUGGCAUGAACGUCACCCUGCCCCGUCCUGGUGUUUAUUCGUUUCUUCUAACUGUGGUUGAUAACGUCGGAAACACCAGGCUCACUAGACGUUUUGCGAUCUUUGACAACGAUCCCGACGAUGUCACAGUUCAGAAUGAUACAGUUGUGCGCGUUUUCUCGAGGACAGGGGAAGCCGAAAACUUGUGGCUGACGAAUCUUAAUUCCACCGGAGGGCAAACCUCUGUGCAGAUCGAUUGGACAAACCGAUUCCUGAAUAAGAAUUAUUUGAGUCAGGGAUGGCUGAAACCCAUUGGGUUCUACGCUGCGGGCGCCAUAGACGAUGAUUACGACCAGAAUUUCGGACAGCGCGGCCGUGCGGCUAUCCCUCACAAACUUGGUGUGACAGAAUUCCGAGUCUUUUACGACAUCGACCACAAGGGUGGUAGGACAACUACCGACGUUGGCGAUGACAACUCCGAUAACUGGAGCAAUGAAACGACAAACACAAGGGCGACCUACAACUUAACCUUGGUUGAUGGUGAUUCCGUUCGGUUCUGGUUGGAGGCCAGGGACCUGGUCGGUCACUUUGCAAGAGACAGUGUGCUGGUCCAUGCCGACUCAUCACCGCCAAUCAUCCAAGACUUGUCGGCAUUACCUAGUCUGAGAGGCAUUAGUGUCGAAUGCAGAAUAUAUGACAUUCACAGCGGUAUAAAAGCUUUUGAAUGGCGUCUCUCUGACAACCACACAGGUACAGAGAUGGAACAAAGAAGCCAGAUUGUACCAGGCAUGAAAAUAAAUGUGGAUAGGGAUGGAUGUGAUCCUGCUAGUUGCACGUGCAUCCCUAUUGGUGACUGCUAUGCUGUGGUGUACAGACAUACGUUCCACGUUGAUAAGCGCGACCUGAACUACUUUAUCACUGUGGCAGUUACCAACCAAGCAGGGCUCGUAUCAACCAAGACGAUCAAAACAAAUGGCACGGUGACUCAAGACAACGUAGGUGAAGCAGCCAAGUUUCUUGCCACGGUUACUAACGACACAUCUUCAGUCGAUGACAGCUCAGUGGCAUCUGCUGCAGAUAUUUUGGACGAUAUUGUGAACAUUCAAGACACAUCACCAAAAGUAACAGCGAGUGUUAUCAACGUUGUCAACAACCUUCUCCAAGUUGACGCCAAGAAACUCAACGACUCUUCAGCAGUGGCCAACUCCUCCUCACGCAUCGUCAAAGCCUUGGAAAAACAAAUCUCCAACGUCCUCGCUGGAGGGGAAAAUAUCAGCCAAGUAACGACCAGUGUCGCUGUCGUUGCGAUGAAUUUUGACAACGGAUCGCUGGCCAAUGGGGUGGGCUUUGCAGCUGUCUCUGAUGGUGUAACUGAUUCCCUGUUAGAUGAGGACAUCGGUGUCUAUAGAGGGUCAGAUGGUGAUAUCCCUUUGGAAGGGACAGAGGCAUCCGUAAAACUCCCAGCCGCAAUACUGAAGAAUACUCUUCCAGGCAGGGCCAUUCCCAUCAGCUUUGUAAUGUAUGGCAGCAGUAGCCUCUUCCGCUCUGAGCUGAUUGUCAGCAGUCAGUCAAGCGACGAACCCCGUGCAGUUGGCGGUCGUGUCAUCUUUGCUAGCGUACUGGAUGCUGUCAUCACUGACCUCCCACCCGAGAAUCCGGUUGUCACCGCUUUCAACUCUCCCUUGAAUGAGGCGAUGGACCAAACUGAAGACUCUGAUCAGGUAGAGACGUGUGUCUUCUGGGACUUCAGUCUUCGCGACGGCAUCGGUGAUUGGUCAACAGACGGCUGCAGGAAAGACCACGUAGUCAAUGGGAGAAUAGUGUGCCUGUGUGAUCAUGCCACCAACUUUGCGGUUCUCGUGAAUAUCCACGGUCAGAAAAAUGCCAGCUUUGCUUUGGAUGUCAUCAGCAAGCUCGGAUGCGGUAUCUCCAUAGCGGCACUCCUUAUCACAAUCCUCAUCUACUUAGCUAUUAGGCCGUUGAGAUCGAAGACACCAGGUCGCAUCCUGAUCAGCUUGUGCCUGUCUCUGCUGUGUCUUUAUCUGGUCUUCUUGGCCGGCAUCGAGCAGACCUCUUCCCGCAGCGGCUGUAUCGCUGCCGCCGUAUUGAUGCAUUACUUCACCCUGACCUCCAUGGCCUGGAUGGGCGUAGAGGCCGCUAACCUGUAUCUUAAGGUGGUCAAGGUCUUUGGCUCCGAUGUGUCUCACUUUAUGGUCAAGGCGUCCAUUGUUGCCUGGGGAUUUCCUGCUGUGGUCACCAGUGUGAUUUUGGCAGCCGAUCACGAACAAUAUGAGAAUAAAUAUAGUUGCUUCUUGAAGCCUGGUCCUGCUUUCUAUUAUGGCCAGUUGCUCCUUAUCGGCAUUAUCUCCCUCUUCAAUGUCGUCAUCUUCGUGCUCGUUGUUCGUCAGCUGACGUGCAGUGUCAACGAAGUUAAGAAUAUCACGGGCGACGGCAAGCGAAAGAAGAUAAUGAAACGUUUACAGAAUGUGGCCUCAAUUUCGAUCCUCUUAGGCCUUACCUGGGUCUUUGGUUUGCUCUCUUUGUUUGAGGCCUCCAACUUCGCCUUCCAAGUCAUCUUUUCCAUUGUAAACUCGCUCCAAGGGCUGCUCAUCUUUCUGCUGUUUGUCGUUCGACAAGACAAGGUUCGGAAGUACGUGAGAAACCUGGCACAAGGAAAGAAGUCGACGCACCUGACCGGUUCGUUUCUCACAAGUAAGUCGACGCUGAGCCCUAAGAAGGAUCCCCCGACCAAGAGCGUCAGUGAGGUCGUGAACCAGACGGCAGCCAGUGUUUACAACAAUCCUGUUUUUAAGGAAAACAAAGAUUUGGCUGAAGGUUUUGAUACCGGUCUCCAAGAGGUCACAAACAAAGGUUUUGCUGCUUUUUCUGAGACUGGCACUUAUGAGGACAUGAGGAAAGACUCCACCGAUGUUUUGGAGAAUGACGUGUAUGAAGACUUGAACAAAGGUCUGGCUGUUGCCCUUGAGAAUGGUACCUAUGAGGACAUGAGUGAGGAGUCAAGGGAUCCUUUGGAAAAUGACGUGUACGAAGACUUAAACAAGGGUCUGGCUGACGCUUUUGAGAAUGGUACUUACGAGGACGUGAGUAAGGAUUCAAGUGAUCCUUUGGAAAAUGACGAGUACGAGGACAUAAACAAGGGUCUGGCUGACGCUUUUGAAAAUGGUACUUACGAAAACGUGAGUAAGGAGUCAAGCGAUGUUUUGGAAAAUGAAGUGUAUGAGGACUUGAACAAGGGCCUGUCUGUUGCUUUUCAGAAUGGCACUUAAGAAGGUAUGAGUAAGACAUCAACCUAUUCAUUUGAAAAUAGCGUUUAUGAGUAAGAUUUGACCAAUGUUUCUGACAGUUGCAUUUAUUGGGACACAGACAAUGAGUAAUUUCAUGUUUGUGAAAAUGGUGUUUAUGAAGAAAUCAACAAAUAUUUAUGAAGGUUGUAUUACUGAAUUCAUAUUCAUCGGCUGUAAAAUGCCCCUUGUGACGUGGUAUCGGGCUUUGUGAUAUAAAUUUCAUUGUAAAAUUCACCGUUCCUAAGCUUACGGCCCAUAGUGUAACGUAAAUGCAUGUUAUGUAGACGUUACACAGCCGUGCAUUUGAUAAGGACAGGAAAUGCAUCAAAAACAUCCAUCUACUAAACUGUGCCCUGUAAAAAAGAACAUUACAGUGUCCUUACAACCUUAAUGUGAAUUAUGCGAGUAAAACAGAAAAAACGUAAUCCAGUACUUACUCAGUCUCAGCAAAUAUAAUAAUGACGUUUUAUUGCUUAAUUAACUAGGCUUGACUGUUUCGGCGAUGUUGCAUUGUAAUACGCUGCUGUAGUUAUAAUUCUGCUAACAAUACGAGAAGUGAUUGAUUGCCUAAUUCUCAAAUCCUAGGAGAAUGUUCAUAUAAUGACCAUUUAAAAGAUUCAUCACAAAAAGGUCUCAAAUGUCUCAACACUGAUGUUUUGGCACAAGGUAUUGAUAAACAUACUGUCAUCAGAAGUUAGAUCUCAUUUUCAAAAUGUUCAGUGUAAAAAAAUGAUAAUCAUUUGAGUACGUUUUAACUGCAUUUUGAAUGGUUGAACUCUAUAUUCCCGUUCAUAUUGGAAGGUAGUCCACUACUUGUUGCAGAAAAUAUCCACCAAAUGAAUCAUUUGCCUCGCAUUUGGUAGCUUUAUUAACAUUUCUGGCUCGUACAUUUGAAACUCUUCCAAACUGUAGUCAAAUAUAUUCUUGAAGCUAAUCUGAAAGUUGUCUGUAAUAUUUGAGAUAAGUCCUUUUUAAAAGUUAUAUUUUUAACUAAGAUUCAAAUACACAAUUUAACUUUGUUACUCAGAAUAACUUUUAGCACAUGUGAACAGAAUGACCAGUUCACUGAUGACGUUAUGGAAUUUCAAUUUGGCUUCAGAACUGGAUGCGAAAAAGGAAUACAAAUAUUCCCGAUCCUUGGCGUAAUAGUAGUAUGCUUGUCAACGCGGGAAACGUAUUUUAGAAGGCUUAGCUUGGAAAAGUGAUUACAAUGGCCUUUGAUUAACGAAUGCAAUAUACGUGCUGCGUGCUUGUUUACCAUAGUUAUAUUUAGUUCAAAGCGGUUUGAUGGUGGUUUGCUUUAAAUCAUAAACCUUCUAUGGAUUAUAACUUUGUUAAGUUACACAGUUUAUAAAGACAAAUGUAAAUGUUUCACGCAACGGAGAUGUUUUACGUUUUAUGUGCUAGUCUUAGUGGGGGUUUCAGAGACCCAAUUUAUCGUUUUUACUUUCCUGUGAAAUUUCAAAAGUGUUUACAGUUGUAAUCGUGAUUGAUAUGGUUAUUGAGGAAUUACCUUCCCUCUUGAAAAUAUUGUGUGUUGAUCUAAAUGUGCCAUAAAGUAUGAAUGCAAAAUUAUCCUUUGACAUGUAUUUUCUGCAAUUUCUACUCUUCUUUAAAGUGUGAAAACUAUUUGAUUCCUCGAUUAGGUUAAAUUUUUUAAAGCAUGCUUUUAAACAAUCAAAAUUAACCAUAAUUUUCUGGACAAGUCUGUGCAGUAGCUAUGAGUUUUAUUUAGGCCAAACAUUGGCUCAGUGCACAAAUUGUUCCGUUCAAAUUGUAAACCAGGAGUUUACUCAUUGAAACAUGUCAGAGAAAGGAUUGAUUGCUUGCCUGCAAUAUUUCAAAUUAAUCCUACAUAACGUUGUAACAUUGAGUUUUUUUCCUGGGAUAACAUUACUUUGUAUUAAAUAAAGAUAUUCUCAUCAGCAUAAAAACCAAAACACCCUAACCCUUUGUAAUAGUGAACAAUAAGUUAACUGAGACACAAAGGUGCAUUUUGAGAUGUGCGUUUACAAAAAAAAUGUGUUGCAGCUACCCUUUAACAAGUAAAUGGUUAUACCCUUCACCGGAAUCUGCACUGUGCCUGAAAAUUUUAUAAUGUUCAAAAACGAUCUUCUUCCAAGUAAUGCUUUCUGUCACGUUAACAUUUGUGGGAUAUAAAUUUAUUAAACUGUUGUAACAAAGCCUGCAUUUUUUGGUGAGGAAUGGAAGAACAAGUGCAAAUCUUUUUUUUUUAACUUGGAGUGUUCAUGAUAUUUGUGACUAUAAUAAUGAUAAUCGAAACCUAGAUAAUGGUGUAUUACGUGUACUGAAAAAGAAAUGAUCUUUAGGUUAUUUUUGUACCCAGACAAAUAAAGAUGCGACGUUUAAAGCUAAA